GGGAGGCAACACCGCGCACCACUGCUGUCGGCGAGGAGAGGAGCACCCGCGCGAGGGGGAGGGCGAGCCGGCAGGGCUCCUUCCAUGAGUGCACCGGACUUGGAGGAACCCGCCAUGCUGAUUGGCCACGGGUUCGAUAUCCACCGCUUGGUUGAGGGGAAGGAGCUCGUCAUCGGAGGGGUCAACAUUCCGUACGAGCUCGGCGCCGACGCGCACUCGGACGGGGACGUGAUCUACCACAGCGUCGUAGAUGCCAUCUUGGGCGCUCUUGGGUUACCAGACAUCGGUCAACUUUUCCCCGACAACGACCCGGAUUGGUCUGGCGCUGACUCGAGUAUUUUCAUGGAGGAGGCCUACCGAAGGAUGGACGAAAGGGGGUUCCGAGUGGGUAACGUCGACGUUACGCUGAUCCUUCAGAAACCGAAGGUGAUGGACAUCAAGCCGUUGAUGCGAGACAACAUCGUGCGGCUGCUGCGCACGUCUCUCGGGCGCGUGAACGUCAAGGCGAGGACCCACGAGAAGGUGGACUCCGUGGGGGAAGGGCGAGCGAUGGCCUGCCACGUCGUGGUCUUGCUGGAGAAAGUCCCGUGAUUCUCGCGCUCGAUUGUUGAUGGGACUUCCCCGAGAUACACUUGUGAGACAGCAGCUAGACAAUACGAAGUUCACUUGAUUUCAUAAUGACUCUUUCAGAUUGCACACGUGAGAUUGUACAUCGAGACAGGCUGACUGCGAAAUUUCUCGCGCUUGA